GCAUAUGCGGCAUUUCCUCCCUCAUGCUGCGUCUCAAAUCUGGCGUCAUUGCAUGAAAAUUGUUCAAUAAAGUGCGUGAAAAUUGUAAUAGAUGUGAAGUUCAACGUAAAUACUGAAAUUAUUACGUGAAUCUUGAUUGAUAUAUUAUUAUCUUAAAGAAGAUUUGAUGAUAUUUGUUGCUGUUUAGUAUAAAAUUUGGAUAUAAGAUUGUAACUAUGGAAGCAAAUGAACAGAAAAGUGAUUUUACAACCUCACUUUCCAAGGAUGCUUCUAUGACAGAUGAUAACAUGGAUACAAGUAAUGAAAUCAUUUCUGAAUUAGCAGUAUGUGAUAAGCAAAGCACUGAAAGCACAGAGAACAAAUCUGAGUCUUUCCAAAAUGAGGCUGACACUUGCAAAGAUUCGGGUUUUAAAAAGCCAUUGCUACUGAUUGGUCCAAAGCGUGGUAAGAUUGGAAAAAUCCGUACAAUGAACAAUAAUAUUGCUUCCUCAUCUACACCUUCCUCGUCUACACCAUUGUCUGUGAAAAACGAAGCAACUGCGAGUACUCACUCUCCAACCGAUACUAAGGAUAAGAUUAAUAAAUCAAUAUCGACAGAAGGCUCUAUCGAAGAAAAUGUCUUACUGGAUAUGAAAAACAUUCCUGUACCAUAUGUGGAACCAACAUGGAGUGGGAAACCGACAGAGGACUAUAAAUUUGAGAUUCUUAAAUCUGGAAUAAUUCUAGGAAAGAUUGAUUUAAGUGAGAAAAGCUUUCAUGUAGUAGGGAGAUUACCUUCUUGUGAUAUGUCUCUUGCUCAUCCAACUAUUUCAAGAUACCAUGCAAUUAUUCAAUACAGAACAAUGGAAGACGACAACAAUUUGAAAGGUUUUUAUUUAUAUGAUUUGGAGAGCACACAUGGUACAUUUUGGAAUGGACAUCGUAUAAAACCAAGAACUUAUGUCAGAUUGCAUGGAGGUCAUAUGAUUAGAUUUGGUUGUAGCAAGAGAAAAUAUAUUCUAUUAGCUCCACCAGAUGAUGAAGAACCCCUUCAGAUUCCUCAAUUUAAACUAUUGAGAACUCAAUUAAAGGAAACACGAUUGGAAGAAUUGCAGGAACAAGAAGAAGCUGAAGGAGGAGCAAAAGAGACACAAGAAAGCGAGGGUAUUGACUGGGGAAUGAGAGAAGAUGCUGACGAGGAAACGGAUCUGACGGAGAAUCCUUAUGCCUCUACAGCAGAUGAGGAAUUAUAUUUAGACGAUCCUAAGAAAACACUGAGAGGCUGGUUUGAGAGGGAAGGAUAUGAUUUACAAUAUCAAGUUGAAGAAAAAGGAAUAGGGCAAUUUUUAUGUUGGGUAAUUUUGCCUAAAGAGUGUUUUGGUGGUCACUCCAUGAAAGCAGAAGCUCUUGUCAAAGGAAAAAAGAAGGAAUCUGUCAUUCAAUGUGCUUUGGAGGCCUGCAGAAUCUUGGACAGACAUGGAUUAUUGAGACAAGCUAAUCAUGAAAGUCGAAAAAAGAAAACCAAAAAUUGGGAAGAAGCUGAUUAUUACGAUUCAGAUGAAGACAACUUUUUAGACAGGACAGGAACAGUAGAAAGGAAACGUGAACAGAGAAUGAAACAAGCUGGAAAGUUGGAAAAAAAAACUGAGACAUAUAAUUCAUUGAGUGAAAAACAUAGUGAGAUUGUAAAUAAAAUUUCACAUUUGACCAAUCGCUUAAAAGAGGCACAAGAAAGCAGCUCCAAAGCAGGAGAAUCUAACGAAGAUUCAUUGGAUGCUUUUAUGUCUAAUUUAAAUCAAUCUAGUUUGAGUAAGAGCGAUGUAACGAAAAUGAAAGUGGAACUACAAAACUUACGUAAAGAAGAGAUGAGGCUCGUUAAAUUAGUAAACCUUACAAAGCCGGCUAAUUUGCCGCCUCUUAUUAGCACCUGUCAAAUACAAGAUAAAAAAGAUGAUUCACAGGAAAAAUCAAAAUCUUCCACAAGAAAAAUUUCUCAACUUGAAAAAAGAAGGAAACUUUUUGAAGCAAAGAACAAUGAUUCUGAGAGGGUAUUAAAUAGUAAUGAUAUGGAUAACGAAGAAGAAGAGGAAGAAGAAGACGAAGAUAAAGAUAAAGAUAAAGAUAAAGAUAAAGAAGAUAAUACAGAAGAUAAUACAGAAAAAGAUGAUACACGUGAAAUAGAAUGCGAUAAAUCUAUAUCAUACGAGGACAAAGUAGAAUCAGAAGAAAAAGCGGAAACUAACGAUAAACAGUAUAGUUUAAAGAGUAUUAAUCAGGAUACAGAGAUAAGCAAACAGGACGUGAAUGUUGCAGACGAUAAGAAACGAAAAAAAGAAAGAAAAAACGAGAAAUCGAAAAAUAUAAAGAAACAUUAUGAUCAGGAUGUCCAUACAGAGGAUUAUUCUACGUGGUUGCCACCGCAGGGUCAAUCCGGAGACGGAAGGACAAGUCUCAACGAUAAAUAUGGAUAUUGAAUUAAGAUUAACGUUUAAUUUUGAAGAAAAAAAAAAAAA